CAGAGAGAGACAGAGAGGUUGCACACUGUGGGGAAAGUGGGAUUGUUCUCUGCUCAUCAUGGAUUUAUCACCUGGGGCUCUGAUCCUGUGUUCUCUGUUAUGUUCAGUGGCUGGCCAGGCUCCCGUCGUCUCAGUGCAGCCUCGGACUGCUACUGUGCGCCAGGGGGAGUCUGUCAGCUUUAGGUGCCAAGUGGGCAGAGGUGCACAGCCAGUCCAACUGGAGUGGAAGAGAGCCACCAACCAAGCAUUACCAGACAAUGCAAAGCUCGGUCCUGAUGGCUCUGUGCUGACGGUUGCUAACACCCGACCUGGUAACCAGGGCCAGUACCGCUGUGUGGCAUCCAACUCUGCAGGCCGCAGCACUGCCACAGCUGUGCUGAAUGUCAAACAUGCUCCUAAAGUGCGGCUGACACCAGCAGGGCCCCUGCGGGUGAGGAUGGGUGUCCCUGUGUCAGUGGAGUGUCGCGCCACAGGCAGGCCACACCCCACACUGACAUGGAAACGCCAAGGCUCCACUCUGCAGCUGGUUACCGCGGAAACAAACGAUGUCAACACCAUAAAGUGGGCUGCAGUGCGUCCAGAGGAUGCAGGAGUUUAUAUUUGCCAGGCUGUGAACAAUGAAGGGGUGACAGAGGUCAAAGUUGAAAUCAUUGUUGAGGGGGGGGCUGGAGCACCAGUGGCUGUAGUGAGCAACACUGAAAUGACAGUGGUGGAGGGACAUGUAGUCACAAUGGAGUGUCAGGCCAGUGGUUCCCCUCCUCCAGUCAUCACCUGGUCCAAGCUCCGAGCACCGUUGCCAUGGAAACACACAUUGGUUGGCGGUGUUUUGACGCUGACCAGCGUGGGGCGCCAAGACUCGGGACAAUACAUCUGUAAUGCGACCAACAUACACGGCUACAGUGAAGCGUACACGCAGAUGGAGGUGGAGACUCCUCCAUAUGCCACCUGCCUGCCCGACCAGGUGAGACUGCAGCCCGGCGACUCCCUGCGCCUGCAGUGCCUCGCCCACGGCUCUCAUCCCAUCCAGUUCGUGUGGAGUCGGGUGGGCAGGGGGAGCCUGCCUGCAGGGGCAGAGACCACAAAGGAUGGAAGGCUGCUGAUAGCCCACGUUAAACUGGGUGACAGUGGAACAUACAAAUGUGUUACCACCAACCACAUCGGCUCCAGUGAGGCACUGGCCAAAGUCAUCAUAAAGGCUUAAUCCAAUGUGGUCACACUGUGUCUGAUUGACAAACCAUCUAUGCAGCGCUUACAAUUUCUGCAAGCCUGGAUCCAUCAUGGUUAAUACUGAAAACAGAGAUUAUAUUUAAUAGAUUCAUAUAUAUGUAUGAAGGACAAAGAUAUCAAUGCAGUUUAAAUGUUUGGUAUUAUUGUGCAUAUGGGGUUAAUUUUGUACUUUUAUAGAAAAUUGACACUGUUGCUAUUGUUGCUCCUAUCUCAUAUCUGCCUUUGGAAAGCUUUUCUCUGAAACUCCUGCAGUGUGUGUGGGAGUUGUUUCUUCUGCUGGAAUGCCUCUGCACCCUGUCUUUUCCUCCCUUUAUGUCAUCUGCUGAAUUUACACUGUUGCACUUUCAAAACUGAAAGGAUCGAGGGCACAAAACAAACAAAAACCUGAUUUACUAAAAAAAAAAGAAGCCUUUAUUAUGCCAUUAAAUUACAAACUCAAUAAAGAUGAAAAUAUUUUA